AUUUUCUCUAUCGUACCCUCUUCACUGCUUCACACACAGACACACUUCUUUCUUUUUCAGCAUUUCUCCUUCACCCCUCGUGUUUAUAAAUCCAAAAUACACUGAAAAUCAAUCUAGAGAGAGAAUCUUGAAAGAAAGAGAGAGAAAGAGAUAGCCACACUUUGAGCUUAUUAGGAGGUGCGUAGGAUAAGCAGAGUGACUCUGUGUGUUGCUUAAUCAUGGUGGAUGUAAGUAUCAGCGGGAGCUUGUAGUUGGGAAGACAAAAAGCUUUUUCUCUCUCGCUUCUGGGUUUGGUUUCUUUUCACAGCUUUUGAAAAUGGCAGUCGCGUAUUUUAGCAGAAGCCGGAAGAGAAUAGGGCUUAAUAAUGGAGUUUUCCUGUUCAUCUUCAUCGUUUUGAGUCUGACCUCGCUAUCUUGCGCUGCUCGACAACCACCAGCUUCCAGGCAGAAGCUUCAAGUUCAUAAACACCUGAAACGCCUCAACAAACGCCCAGUUAAAACCAUUGAGAGUCCAGAUGGCGAUAAGAUUGACUGUAUACACAUCUCUCAUCAACCAGCUUUCGAUCAUCCAUUCCUCAAAGACCACAAAAUCCAGAUGAGGCCAAAUUAUCAUCCAGAAGGGCUUUACGAUUCCGAAAAGGUCAAAACAGAGUCGAAAGAAAGAGAAAACUCAAUCCAUCAACUAUGGCAUGUUAAUGGCAUGUGCCCUGAAGAUACAAUACCCAUUCGAAGAACAAAAGAAGACGAUGUUCUUCGAGCUAGCUCUGUGAAAAGAUAUGGGAAGAAGAAGCAAUCAAGCAUUCCUUUACCUCGGAGUAUCCCCAAAUCUGCAGAUCCUGAUCUUGUUAAUGAAAGUGGACAUCAGCAUGCGAUAGCUUAUGUUGAAGGAGACAAAUUUUAUGGAGCAAAAGCUACGAUGAAUGUUUGGGAACCAAAAAUACAACAAUCAAAUGAAUUUAGCUUAUCGCAAAUCUGGAUUUUAGGUGGUUCUUUUGGUGAAGAUCUCAAUAGUAUUGAAGCUGGAUGGCAGGUGAGUCCGGAUCUAUAUGGCGAUAAUAACACACGACUUUUCACUUAUUGGACUAGUGAUGCAUAUCAAGCGACUGGAUGUUAUAAUCUACUAUGUUCUGGAUUUAUUCAAAUCAACAACAACAUAGCAAUGGGUGCAAGUAUUUCCCCUGUUUCUGCGUAUAGGAAUUCACAAUAUGAUAUAAGUAUCCUUGUCUGGAAGGAUCAAAAAGAGGGAAAUUGGUGGAUGCAAUUUGGGAAUGGAUACGUAUUGGGAUACUGGCCAUCGUUCUUGUUUUCAUAUCUCGCCGACAGUGCUUCCAUGAUUGAAUGGGGAGGAGAGGUGGUGAAUUCAGAGCCUGACGGGCAGCACACAUCGACUCAAAUGGGCAGCGGGCAGUUCCCCGAAGAAGGAUUCGGGAAAGCAAGCUAUUUCAGGAACAUUCAAGUUGUUGAUAAAGAAAAUAAUCUAAAAGCUCCUAAAGAUAUCGGCACUUUCACAGAGCAAUCCAACUGUUAUGAUGUUCAAACUGGAAGCAAUAGUGAUUGGGGUCACUACUUUUACUAUGGAGGCCCUGGUCACCAGAUGAAGAACACCACUCCCUCUGUGUUUUCCGUUCGCCGCCUCUGCACACCAUUCAUGAAGUCACCGGCAACCAUGAAGCUGCCGACAACCACAACCACAUAUUUUCUCUUUCUUUCUCUUCCAUCGCCGCAACAACCAUCGCCGCCUCCAUCUCCGUUCGAAAUCAUCAUCACCCUUCAUCUGCGCUCCACCAUAACUAUGUUCUUCCUCACCCUCACAUGA